AUGACCUCUCUUGAUGCGUUGGACCAGAGUGCAGACAUAGCAGUCAUCAGUGCCUCCUUCAAAGCCGUCUUUGACAAACUUCUCGAGUCCACACAACAAGUUGGCAAUGAUCCCCUCCUCCGGGUUGCCCAACCAGCAGACCUCCCUCUCCUCAAAGAACUCAGCACUCCCGGCCAACCCAACGACAUAGACCAAGCCAUCCAAGAUGCCUUUACAAUCUCCGACUUUCGCCUCCGCAUGAAUAACCCUCGCUUCUUCGGCUUCAUCCCCAAUCCCGUCUCGCCGCUGUCUUGGAUAGGCGAUUGCCUUUCGAGCGCUUUCAACUCUUUUGCGGGGUCCAAACUGCAGGGCUCGGGAGUUGCUGUUGUUGAGCAGACGCUGCUGCAGUGGCUGGCGGGACGCGUGGGACUGCCUGACACUGCGGGCGGGGUUUUUGUUUCUGGGGGGUCCAUGGCUAAUAUGACUGCUAUGGUUUUGGCGAGGGACUGUAUUCUGCCUUCUGGGCAGGAGGGGCUGGGUGUUGCGUAUGUGUCUGAUCAGACGCAUCAUUCUGUUGCCAAGGCGCUGAGAAUUAUUGGCAUCAAGCGAGAUCAGAUUCGUGUCAUUCCGUCGAAUGCCUCCUUUCAGAUACAGACUGUAACCCUAAAGGAGGCCAUUCAAACCGACCGCAAGGCAGGGCUCAUCCCGUUUGUCAUAAUCGGAACAUCGGGCACGACCAAUACGGGGAGUGUUGACGAUCUAGCGGGUCUUGCACAAAUUCGAGACGAAGAAGGCGUAUGGCUUCACGUCGACGGUGCCUAUGGCGCAUCUGCCUCACUCGCCGCAACACGGAGCUCGGUGGUCAGCGGCCUCGGCCUUGCAGACAGUAUCUCCUGGGAUGCGCACAAGUGGCUCUUCCAGACGUACAGCUGCAGUCUGAUUCUUGUCAGAAACAAGAUCAAUCUGGUCAAAGUCUUUACUAAUGACGGCGACUACCUCCGCGACGCGCUCGAUGACGAGGAGAUUCCUAACUUUUGGAACUUUGGCAUGGAGUUGACGCGGCCGUCGCGAGCUUUGAAACUCUGGUUCACGUUGCGUGUGCUUGGAGUAGAAAGACUCGGACAUUUGAUUGACCAUGGGUUCCGCCUGGCGGAGAUUGCUCAGGAAGAGGUGGAAAGGUUGAAGAAUUGGGAGGUUACAAAUGCUGCGAGCAUGGCGAUAGUAACGUUGCGAUAUGCACCACCUGGCAAGACGGAAGAGGAACUGAAUGAUCUAAACACGGCAAUUUCGAGAAAUCUGGUCGAGGGAAAUAUUGCUGGGAUAUUGACAACAAAGCUACGAGGGAGGGUAGUUUUGAGGAUAUGCUCGAUUAGUCCGUUGUUGAGCCGUGAUGAAAUGACGGGCAUCAUCCGACAAGUCGAUGAAGUGGCGAGACAGUUGAGUACCUGA